AUGGUUAAUGAUAAAUAUAGAUUGUUAACUGGUCAAGGUUUUGAUGCACAGUGGCAGAGCGCCGUCAAUAAUAAUGAUGAUGUGUUUGUUAUCAGUAUGAUAGGCAAUAGCCGUGUUGGGAAAAGUUUAAUCGUCAAAGCUUUCUCUUUGGAAAAUGAGAACAGUCCAACAGCAGCUCCGCCCGAAGUAGACGAUUUAUUGGUUAGGACUACAGGGAAUAUUGGCUGUUAUGAAAGUAGAAAUAUGUCAGAAGGUACGAGUAAGACACUGGUAUUAGAUUACGAAGGUGAAGACUCUGGUCUGCCAUUGAUGCUACGACUGAGACGACACAUGCACGGGAGCUAUAAAGAGAACGAGAGACGAAAGUUUGUGAAAGAAUCUUUUCCGAAGCUGGCUUAUAUUCUUAGUAAUAUUGAUAAUAUUGAUCUAUUAAAAACAAGAAUCAACGAAAUCUAUCAUCAACAUGUACAACAGCAACGUUUAAUUACACAUAUGCAAUGGCUGUUUAUGACGGACAGUGUUUUAGAAACCGUUUCGGAUGGUGGAACAGUCUCUCUAGUAAUACUAUUAACACAGUUGACUGAUACCGGUUAUGAUUACGAGUCGAUUGCUAAAAAACUAUUUAUUCAUCUGUAUACACGAAACGACACUCCUUCACAAGUAUGGUACGCACACUGUCGAACAUUUACCAUGAAACUAUUAGCACGCAGUAUUGCAAUGAAAACACUUGAACAAAAAGAACGUCUGGAAAUGUUAUACGGAUUAAUUGUGAAGAAAAGCUGA